CGCUGGAUGAGGGAUCAGGCUUUGUAGAGCUGUAUGAGGGACUAGCAGGUUAGGGUGCUCCGUACCGUAUUGCGCAUGCGUGGAUCUGUCGGACAGUAUGUAAAGAACUGGCUGGUGCUCCAGUUUAUGCUCAAGUUCCUCCACCUUUUAUACAGAGAUGGACCUGGAUAGUGUGCUGGAGAGAGUCAACACUGGCAACCAGGAUAGCAUUGAAACCGCCCUGAGAGACUACAAUGCAGAGAAUCGUACCAUGUUUACAUUUGAUUCAUCAGAUGAAGAGAAGAGAAAGAAUCUUUGCAAAGCGAUAUUUCAAGCUCUUGAUCAAGGAACCCACACAUCGUGUCAGAUAAUGUGCUUGGAAACCCUGCGCAUCCUCUCCAGGGAUAAAAAGGUUUUAGUUCCUGUGACAACAAAGGAAAAUUUGCAGAUAUUAAUGAAAAUGGCUAAGCUUGAUCCUAAACUGAAAUCCUUAGGGGAGGUGGCAAGUUUCCCUGUUGUUGUAGAAGCGUUAAAAUGUCUGUGUAACAUCGUGUUCAAUAGUCCAGAAGCACAGAAGUUGAGCCUGGAACUUAACCUUGCUGCUUCCCUUUGUGGCCUUUUGCAGAAAUGCAAGGACCAACGCACGGUGAAUGACAUUCGAUGUUUUGAUCUGCGUCUCCUUUUCCUCUUGACACUUUUGCACACAGAAACAAGGUCACAGCUAAAACACGAGUUGCAAGGACUGCCGCUGCUAACACAGACCCUUGAAAGUAUUCUUGGGAUUAAAUGGGCAAGAACAUAUCAGACCGUUACAGAGUUAAAUGGUCCUCUAUUGUCUCUUCCAGAUACAGAUUGUGCUAUAGAGGCAUUGAAAGCCCUAUUUAAUGUAACACUGGAUAGUUGGAAUGUCCACAGCAAAAGUGAUUCACACCAGUUUCGACACCUGACUGCCAUUCUCCGCCACAUUUUAUUAUCCGGUGGGCCAUCAGAAGAUAAAACAGAGGAACUGCAAAGUAACGCAGUCAACCUUUUGAGCAACGUACCGGUUUCCUGUCUGGAUGUUCUCAUCAACCCCACUAAGGAAAAUGAAGCAGCAAAUAAGAAUGAUGCAGAUAUGCAAACCAUUCAAGUUUUGCUGAAUUUCAUGGAGAAGCGAAUAGAUAAGGGCUGCAGUUACCGGGAGGGGCUGACUCCAGUUCUCAGUUUGCUCACAGCAUGCUCCAGAGCACACAGGGACAUCCGAAAAUUCAUUAAGGCAGAGGUUUUGCCUCCAUUGCGUGAUGUUUCCAGUCGCCCUGAAGUGGGAACAACAGUGAGAAACAAACUGGUACGGUUGAUGACCCAUGUGGAUUUAGGAGUGAAGCAAAUUGCUGCAGAAUUCCUCUUCGUUCUUUGCAAGGAAAGAGUGGACAACUUGUUGAAGUACACAGGAUAUGGGAAUGCAGCUGGACUUCUUGCUGCCAGAGGUCUUUUAGCUGGUGGCAGGGGUGACCACUGGUAUUCUGACGAUGAAGAUACGGACACUGAAGAAUACAAAACUGCAAAACCAAACAUCAAUCUUAUUACUGGUCAUGUGGAAGAGCCAGCACCGAACCCACUAGAUGAAAUGACUGAGGAACAGAAGGAGUAUGAAGCAAUGAAAUUGGUCAAUAUGUUUGAUAAACUUUCAAGAGAAGAUCUGAUUAAACCAAUGGGAGUAAGAGCAGAUGGAACAAUGGCGCCUUUGGAAGAAAUGAUUCACAGUUCCCACAAAGCUGACGAAAACAGUUCAGAUUCAGAUUAAAAUAAUCAUUGUUGUUUUUUUUUGUUUUAGUUUUUUUCCUACAGUGAUAUCUGUUGCUAUUUAUACUCUUGAUCAAAUGGUUUUAUCUUUUGAAAAGUACUAUAUAAGAUCACAAUUUUGUCAUGGCAAUUAAUUAUCUACAUUAAACUAUUCACAAGGUCAUUUGGGUGUCAUUUAAUUUAUUAAAUAUUGGAUAUGUGGCCUAG